GUCUCCGGGUCUCCCGAUAGAAGAGUCGCUGCGCUCGUGCGGAGUUUAUUUCACUCAUUCACCGGAACCGCGAGCUUCUCUCUCUCCUCCUUUCGGACUGAACUUCACAGAUCUGUUUCCUCCGGGAUGGCUGCGUCGAUUCUGGAGGAGGAAACACGUUAUGGAUCCAGUCCCUUGGCUAUGCUAACCGCCACCUGCAACAAGUUUGGGAGCACCAGUCCGGUCCGAGACUCUGCCACACCCGGUAAAGCAGCAAACACAGCACCAGUUAAGAAACCCUACAGCAUGACCUCUGAACUCCAGACCCCCAAGAAUGGUCGAGGCAGUGAGGGCGUAGCAGACACUUACAGCGGCUCUUUCAGCUCCGGUGGUGGCUUGCUAACCCCAACUGGUAGCCCUCCACCAACUUCAAUGGGAGCAUAUGGCUCUGACUACAACCCUUUCUCAACUUUCCAGACCUCGACUGCCGCUCAGGACCCUUCACUGUUAGGGACCAAAACCCAUACCACAGCGGACUGCCUGACCAGCGUCAACACCUACUUGGAUAUGACGCACCCCUAUGGCUCAUGGUACAAGGGAAUCCACCCCGGUAUUACGGCAGCUCCUGCGAACGCCACUUCUUCUUGGUGGGACGUCCACACCAACUCAAACUGGCUUAGUGCUGGGCAACCUCAAUCCGACAACCUCCAAGCACCCCUCCAACCGGUGGCUUCCCAAGCAUCCCUUAACGCUCAGAUGUCCAGCUAUACCCCUGACUUCACGCCCCUCAAUACAGCACCAUACCCUUCCGUGGGUCUAAGCUCGUCUUCACACUUGCUUCAGACCUCACAGCACAUGCUCCCGCAGGACAUGUACAAGCCCAAGCCAGUGGCUAGUUCCGGGAUCCUGGACAACUCCAUGGGACUUAAACCAGCUAGAGGUUCUGGUGGAUACACGGGGGGCUCCACCACUGGUAGAUCCUCUUGCGACUGCCCAAACUGCCAAGAGCUGGAAAGGCUCGGGGCAUCUGCUGCAUCCCUGCGCAAGAAGCCCGUCCACAGCUGCCAUAUUCCCGGUUGUGGAAAGGUCUACGGCAAGGCCUCUCACCUCAAAGCCCACCUGCGUUGGCACACGGGCGAAAGACCCUUCGUCUGCAACUGGCUGUUCUGUGGAAAACGCUUUACCCGCUCUGAUGAACUAGAGCGCCACGUGCGCACCCACACGCGGGAGAAGAAAUUCACAUGUCUGCUAUGCAAUAAACGCUUCACUCGUAGCGACCACUUGAGCAAACAUCAGAAGACCCACACGGAAGCUAGUCUGCAAGGAAAAGGGGCGGAAGAGGAGGCGGAUCCCAGAGGACCAGAGGAACCAACGGACUCCAGUAAAGUGGCUCCUUCGGGGUCCGCAAGUGGCAUGCAGGAUCCCACGGCUGGUGGAGAAGAAAAGACAUCAGGAAAUAGUGUGGACAGCAGCAGUAGAUUGCUGGAGAUAUAACAGUAUGCGUUGGAAUGGUGGAGGUGUGUAAAGACUGAAACCUAGCGCAAAAAAAAACAUAAAUUUUUUUUUUACCAUAUGUUUUUUAGGAGCUUGUUGAAUGUGGUCCCCACAUAGCAGCUUACCAUGAACACAAAUUUUCUCUCCUGGAACAAAAGGUGAAAACUGCUGGUUUUUGGAGUGGCCUUGACUGGAGUGGUCUACAUCUUUGAGACUCUUUUUCAUGAUUUUGACUCUUCGUAUUAAUUUUUAAGCUUAUCUAUGAAUUAAGUUUUAAUUAUUAUGUUCUUUAAGUGUUGUUUUUGAGUUUUCAGGGGCAGAUGUUUUAGAAGCCCAACAAUCAGUAGAUUGCAUAUGUUUCUUUGCUUUCAGUGUAGCAUUUGGGCUCAGUUGAUGCACAUUUCGACCUUUUGAUCCUGUUUAUUUAAUUAAAAUUAAUUUCUUUUAUUUUUGUAAUCCUUUGUACAAGACUUUCUUGCAUAGACUUGAUCAGGACAUAAUCAGAGGCAAUCUGGUGUACAGUGAACCAAAUUAUUUUAUUUCAUUAUUGAUCUGUCAUUUACAAUGUUUUAUUUAAUUUCUUAUUUACAUAAAAUUUAAUUUAUGUUUUAAAUUAUGAACAGUCUGGAGACUAUGCUGUGUUUCAAUGGUUUUGCUGAAUGGAAACCAAGUUCUUGGUUCGGAGGCGAGUCAUUUAUUAAUAAAUUAAUUCUUCUCAUUCAUGUGAUGAUUUAUUUAUUUUUUAUUUUGACAGAUUUAAAGUUCUUUUGACCAAAAAUUAUAACCCAAAAGUAUUUCAAAAAAGACAUUUAAUAUUAAAAAAGACAUGCAUGUCAUUUUGUGAAGUAAAAUUUAAAAGGUGAAAAACAAUUUCUAUGAAUUUAUCCCAUUGUACAUGGAUUAAAGUCAAAUUGUAAACAUAUAAUUUAGUUAAAUUCGGAGGGUUGUGCAACGCCUUGAAAACAAUGCAAAUAGCUGUGUAAAGCAGUAAACUCUAGAGCCAAAGAAUACUCGAGACAACGCAAUACCUGUCAAUUUGAUUGUGUUGAGGGUUUUUUUUAAUCAUGAGAAUUUUACAAAGUGUGUCAAGAACAUGUCCAGGUCAUAUAUCACCCCAGUAUUAAGAGAGAGAAAUUAAAAAUUAUGGUAAGGACCCUUUCUCCUUGUUUUCUUGCACUGAGACAAGAUUGUUGUGAUAAUGAAGCACAUGUUCAUGUUCAACUUUCUUGAAAAUAAUGUCACAGUGCAUUCAUUUCAAUAUUCAUUUACAUAAAAAAAAAAAACUUGUAUUAAAGUACUUUUUGCAAUGACAAAAUUUGUGUUACAGUGAGCAGAAUCUAAUGAGAAUCACAAUUAGGUUGAAUAAUGGAAAUUACUAAUGGAAAGCUCAUAGGAAACAUAUAUGCAAUAUACAUAACAUAACACAUAUAUAUAUAAGAUUUCCCUGUUCUGCAAUUAUCCAUCUAUUUUAAUAUUUUAAAACAUUUCUGAAAUUAUCUAAAUUACACAAAAUCUUCAUUGUUUAGACACAAAGGCCUAGAGAACAAUGUUUAUUCACAGUUCAUGUAAAAAUAAUCAUUGUAAGACAUCUACGUGUCCUGACAAAUGUCAUGAUGUGAGAUUUGGUUUGAAAAUCCACUACUGUGUCAGAAUCACACCAGCAUAUUAAA